AUGGCCUCAGGUAUAGCUGUGAGCAAGGAGGGGCUUUCAAUUCCCCUCAUCGACUUCUCACGUUUCCUCAGCGGAACUCCCCCAGAGCGUAAUGAAACAGCUAAUGCCAUUCUUGAUGGUUUCAAAACAGCUGGAUUCAUCUAUCUCAAAAACCAUCCCAUCCUUCCCAAAGACUUACAGCAUGCAUUUGAUCUAUCAGCUCGCUUCUUCAAUGAACCACUCGAGAAGAAGAUGGAGGUUGUCUGGACAACUCCAGAGGCAAACCGAGGCUAUUCGGCCCCUGGACGCGAGAAAGUCAGCCAGCUCAAGGAUAUCCGGGAGGUCGAGAAAGUGCGUGCUGCUUUGCCGGACUUGAAAGAGAGUCUUGAGAUUGGCCGUGAAGACGAGCCCGGAUAUCCAAACAGAUGGCUUGAAGAAACUGGCGACCUUGUUGGGUUUCGAAAGGAUAUGCUUGGAUUCUUUGAGCAGUGCCGCCAGCUGCACGCGGAGGUCAUGAAAGCUAUUGCGGUUGGAAUGGGGCUCGACGGCAGUUUCUUCGACUCUUUUGUUGACGUUGGAGACAAUACGCUGCGGCUAUUGCAUUAUCCAGCCGUCCAGUCCAAUGUCUUCAAAACGAAUCCAGGCACUGUUCGAGCCGGUGCACAUAGCGAUUAUGGCUCCAUCACACUGCUGUUCCAAGAUGCUCGAGGGGGACUCCAAGUCAAGAGUCCAACAGGGCAAUUUGUUGAUGCGACGCCAAUCGAAGGCACAGUCGUCGUUAAUGCUGGCGACUUACUUGCGAGAUGGAGCAACGAUACCAUCAAGAGCACUAUUCACAGAGUCGUUGAGCCUCCGCAGAAGCAAGCUGAAUCUUACCCACCUCGAUACAGCAUUGCAUACUUUUGCAACCCCAACUUCAAGAGCUACAUCGAGGCGAUUCCCGGGACGUAUAGUACAGAGAAAGAUAAGAAAUACGAAGGUAUCAACAGUGGUGAUUACUUGGUCCAGAGACUGACUGCGACCUGUAGUAUACUGUUCGGUUUUACAGUUCCCGGCUCACAGAUCUUGGCAACAAUGGCCUCCAACACUGCGGCCGCAAAGCGACCCCUGAAACAGGCUUCAGCAGCAAACAAGGCCUAUCUGAUCUUCUACAACUUCAUCUCAGCUGUCCAAUGGUCCGUUGUACUCGGUCGCACCGCCAUGCUUGUCAGUGUCUAUGGGCCUGAGUACGUCUAUCCCAAUACUGGCCAAUACACAAAAUGGACGCAGACUUUGGCUGGUUUGGAGGUGCUGCAUUCGCUGCUCGGCGUCGUUCGCGCUCCCCUUAUGACCACCCUUAUGCAGGUCGCCUCGCGUUUCCUCCUCGUCUGGGCCAUCGUCGAUGUCUUCCCCUUCCUUGCCCUCUCGCCCUUUUAUUCGUCCAUGCUCGUCGCUUGGUCCGUCACCGAGAUUAUCCGCUAUUCCUUCUUCGCUCUCUCGCUAUCCGGCUACCAGCCCAAGUUUCUUACUUGGUUGCGUUAUAACACUUUUUUUGUGCUCUACCCCAUUGGUAUCUUCAGCGAGUGCACCCUCAUCUGGCUCGCUACUGAGCCUGCGGGCCACAUUAACGAGCUCUAUAAGUGGGCUCUUUAUGCCAUUUUGGCUAUCUAUGUUCCUGGAUCUUAUGUCUUGUACACACAUAUGAUGAGCCAGAGGCGCAAGGUCAUGCGAAAUCUGAAGACUCAGGGUCAGAAGGCUCAAUAA